UCAUUUGUGUUUAUGCCUGUAUUAAUGAGUGUAUGUGCAUACUGCGCACAUUAUUAAUCUCUACUUCAAAUAAUGAGUCCUCUUUUUUCCCUGGUAGCAGGUACUGUCCUCCUGGUUGCAGAGAUAUAAUAGGAGAUAUUUCUGGUAAUAUCAUAGAAGGCUACAGAGAUACAUCCUUUUUGUGCAAAUCUGCCAUACACGCUGGAAUCAUUGCAGAUGAAGUGGGUGGCCAGAUCAAUGUAGUUCAGUUGAAAGGAAAAAAUCGGUAUCAGGGUAUCUUGGCCAAUGGCAUCCUUUCCCAAGAUGGAUCUCUAUCAAACAAGCGAUUUAUUUUUAACUCAAAUGGUUGUGACACAGCACUGAAUUUAGGAGGUGGAGAUGCUUUGAAUAUUCAGAUGACCGCAUCAUCAUCCUGGAAUGAAAUCAAUGAAGUUGGGGACUUAGUUGAGUGGUCUCCUCAGAAAGCUUGCCUUAAAGUUCCUGGGCCAUCUUGGGCAGCAAACCAGAGUAACCAUCAGCAGUGGCUGGAAAUUGACUUGGGAGAGAAAAUUAGAAUUACAGGAAUUAGAACUGCGGGGUCUACUGUGCUUCAUUUUAAUUAUUACGUGAAGACAUUUGUUGUGAACUAUAAAAAUAAUAACACAAAAUGGAGAACCUACAAAAGAAUCUUAAGCAAUGAAGAAAAGGUAUUCAAAGCCAACUCAAAUCAUGGAGAUGUAGUUCGGAAUAAUUUUAUUCCCCCUAUAGUAGCUCGUUUUCUGAGAAUUAUUCCACAGACCUGGUACAAAAGAAUAGCCCUGAAAGUGGAACUUAUUGGUUGUCGAGCAGUCCGAAGUAACAGCUCUCUUAUUCAUCCACUCGGGCAAAGACCAAGUCAAAGCACAGGUGUUCCCACUAAAAAAGAUGACCGAUCAAGCACAGAAUAUAUACCUUUAGUUGAAACCAACUUAGGACUGAAUCUUAUGGCUAUCAUUAUUCCAACCCUUGUGGUGCUUUUGCUGCUCCUGUUAUUGGGAACCUGGAUCUUUACUGCACUACGAAAAAAAGGAAAGCAAGCUACUACGUAUGGUUCAUCUGACACUGGAAAACCAAGUUUCUGGAAACAAAUUCAACCACCCUUUGUCCGAUAUCAGUCUGCAGAAUUCACCAUCACUUACAAUAAUGAAAAAGAGGCACCCAAAGAGCUGGAACUGAUCACAAGCGAGAUGACAGAUUAUCAUCAGCCCAUCAUGAUAGGAACUGAGACAGUUACCUGGCAGGGAUCUACUUUUAAACCAAUGGACACGGAGGAUGAGAAAAAAUGUCUCUCAGAGAACAAAAAUCAUUACAACCGCCCACAAAAAAGAAAUCACCAUGAUUAUGCGCUACCUCUGACCAAUCAGGAACCGGAAUACGCCACACCUAUUGUAGAGCGAUGUACAGGAAUUGAAAAUGUUUUUUCUUCAGAUAAUUGCUACAAUGUUCCUGCUGUUUCUUCUUUUCCUUCUGGAACUUUUCUUGCCUUAUGCAAGGCAGAUGGGAACAGUGGAGAUUAUAAAAUACCACAAAACAUUAAAGAGUAUGAUAAGCCUAAAACUAGUAUCUUGCCCAUAGUGGACUAUAAUACAUGCUAUCAAAAACCACAGGCCGAAUCCCUGACAAAUGAAGAUUACUCAACACCUAGAUACAACCUCAAACCAAUAAAUCAGACUGCAGUGACAGCACUCUUAUAAUCCAGAAUUCAUGAAAGGAUCCAGGAAAAGGAAAGGACCUAAGAAUACUGACAUUCCUGCAGAAUUUGAGUAAUAGGCCAAUUUUCCUUCUUUUCACCAUGAGGAGCCUUCAGAAUAAGGUCUGCAAGCAGUGGAUUCUCUACAGUUGAGUUGUUGGUGCUCCAUUUAAUACCGUGCAAUGUGUACAUACAGUUUUAAUUUAAAAAAAAAGUAACUUAAAUAAUUUGUUAUCUCUCUUGUUAACAAAUGCACUGAUUUCUAGGUGAGGCAGCAUUCUUAAUUGAGAUAAUGCUCAUUCUUGGAAGAUCUUAUUUAGAAUGGAUAGUUAAAUAUAAAAAAACAAGACAUGUUUAAACAUUUUGCACUUCCCAUAAAGUGUUUUGCAAUUUAUGUAGGCUGCGUGAUAGCAGUCCUUUUUAAUUUAUUCUUGAUGGUCACUUGGAAGAUAAGGUACAGACCUUCCAUGAUUAAAAGAACAAUCAUUUUUUGCUCUUCUAGGAUUUCCAUGGGGGCUGCCUACAUGUUAGCAAGUUUAUAUUCAAGAGUGGCAAGAAUUAGAAAGUUUGUUUUUAAAUGAAAAUUUAGAUUCUCAGGGAAUAGAAUUAGACACAACUUCAGUGACAUGCUACAUUCGAGUAGCAUGUAUACUUGGACCAAAUCUGUCUUGUUUUCCAUUAUAAGCAAGAUAUGCUUAUUUCUUCUUUGGGAAAUAUGGGGAAAAAAUAAACUGCCUACCAAAGUUAUGUAAACUGCUACCUUUGUUCUUUUUUUUGGGGUGGGGGGGGUGUCUCCAAGUCAGUUUUUUACUACUGGCAACUGCCUGGAUUUAAUCUGUGAAGUUUUCUUUGUGUUAUUUCAGAAGUGGUUUGGGCCUUGUCUACUUCUUGGGACUGAACAGAGUGACUGGCCCAAGGUCACUCAGUUGGCCUCAUGCUUAAAGCAGGAUUAGAAAUCAUGGUCUCCUGGUUUAAUCUGUCAUCUUAACCAUGAUACCAGUUUGGCUCUUUCACCUUUAUUCUCUUAUGUUAGUUUUAUUCUUUUCAAUAUGUGUAAUUUUAAUUAUAUUUCAUAUAUAAAAUUAUGCCAGAAUGAACAGAAUUUUCAAAUCUAUAUUUGCAGCAAUUCAGAGCAUAUCCAAAGUUGCAAUUCAGAGCAUAUAUAUAUUUAUAAAUCCCAGACUAUUUCUGAAUAAAUAUACAAAAAUGGGUGCUAAACAUUGCUUUCAUGUGAUAAAAACCUAUAUUUUGUGUGCAGGAUGUUAUGAUUCAAGUUCUUAGCAGCUGAAGCUAAAAAAAAAAAAGAUUAAUCUCCAGAUUUGAAUGGCAAAAUGCCAUUCAAGUUGCAUACAUUAACAGCUGUUUGGAACAUCUUAAACCAUAUGCAUUUUUUGUCAAGAAGAUGCCACAGCUAUAGAGUGCAGCAACCUGCUUUGUUGUAUUCUAUAGAUUCGAUAGAGACUCCAAGCUACAAUCAUAUUUUGCUCUUCAAAUCUAGAUCUCUGGCCAUCUCUAUAGAUUAUGGCUGUGACAGAUGAUAAUUUAACUAAGAACUCAGCCCAUGGGAAUUCGCUGAUGCCUCUGUUGUGAACCAUGUAAAUUGAAUAAAUCAUGAGUGUUGUUUGAAAGCAUGCUAUACAUUUGGUUUCUCCUCCAAACUUUUGGGGAACGUAAUUUUCAAAAUUGUAUGUACAAAAUUGUACAGUAUUAUCCAGUCAAGAAAUAUUUCUAUAAAACAAUUAGAUACAAUGCAGUGAGAAAAUUUCCAAACAAAGGUAAGCUGUGGACCAUCUCCAUUAAUUCAGAGCACAGAACCAUUAUAAUAAAGGAUAGGUCACAGCAGACGUAAAUAACAUUUGGUCUGCUAUAAGACAUCUUUGCUCAGAUAAAUUGCUUUAAAAUCUGACGGGAGCAUUCUCCGGGCAGUUUAUCUACAGAGGUAUUUUAUUUUUUGGCCCAUUUAUGCAGCACUGUACAAUCUUUGGAACUAUCCUCUGAAAUAGUACCGUAUUAUUAGCUCAAUGAAACUGCACUGCUAAUGUAUUUUUCUGGCCUUGCAUAUUUCUGCAUCAUUUAGUCAGAGUGACACUAAAGCCAUAUUCCGUUAAAACAAUGUGGGGAGAGGGUGUAGGAAAUUCAAUAAAUAAGACCAUGGUGGGGAAAAACUAUCCCCGUGAGGCUGGACAAUACUAUGUAAGUGCAUCAGAAGUUUCCAUAUGCAGAAAGAUCAUCUUUUAUUUCUUCCUUGUAGUACAAUCAUGAAAUAUUCAGUGAGAUACAACAGAGUGACUGUGGACUAGAUAGAUAAUCUUAAGUGCUUCUUAUUCCAGUUCCCAUUUUUAAAACAGUCAGCUGUUCUCCGCUGAUGUACUUCUCUGAGAGACAGUGCUAAGAGCCCAUAAAUGGCAAGGAAUAUGAAAUAUUUCUCCUUUUUAGCAGUCAGACAGGAACAACCACCAUCAUUUUGGCAAAAUCAAAAAACAAAACAUGGCAAGUGUCAUGUUGUGAUGAUAGGACAGUUAACUAGUUCUGACAGGUUACAAAUAAGCAGCGAGACAAUUUGAUUAAGGAUUUACUUCUUGAGAUCAAAUCCUAUGCUUCAGAACCUUUAUAAACAGUUUAGCUACAUGUUUAAUUCUGAGCUUUGCUCUGGAAUUUUUUUUAAAAAAUAAGACAAAGUGUACUGGAAAAUGAAUGUUUGGACUUGCAAACCUUGACGUUAUACAGCCAAAACAACUGCUCACAGGCACCAGAUAAUGUAAUGACCCCUGCUCAUGCAUUUUAUCUAAAACUGCAAUCAUUUCAACGUAAUACAUGAACGGGCUUUUGGUGUUCUUUGUAAUUCACUGCAUUACCUUGAUGUAGUGGUUAAAGUGCUGACCUAGAAACCAGGAGAUUUGAGUUCUAGUCCCGCUUUAGGCAUGAAAGCC